AUGCGCCCCCCAAAAAGAAAACACAAAGGCGGCGCCCCCGCCAAACCCCCCAAACACCUACCUCAGCAACCCCGCGAUCAUCUCAAGAAAGACAAGAAGGCGACGAGCCCUGCGGAGCCACAAGCAGACACCAAAGAUGAUGAUGAUCUUUUCGCCGAGACUGUCCCGAUUACCCUGCAGCAGCUCUUGCUUAAUGUCUUCAAAUCUGCGUUGCUUUAUUCGGAUGGGGCCGGUGGAACCGGUACGACAGGUAGUCGUGAUGUGACUGCUUCUUCCCUGGAGAAUGCGGGCACGGCAGAAGCAGGCGCAGAGUCUACAGCGACAGCAACAACAGAAUCAGAGAGUCCUGCAACAGCAGAAGCAGAACCAGCAGAUGGAACACUCAACACAAAAUCUCUCAUCCAAACCAUCAAAUCCCACCUCUACAACAGGGAUUUCGACUCCGCCUUCACAGACGCAGACGAUGACCUGCUGCGCGCUUAUGCCCUGCGCUGGAGCGCGACGAGGGCGUUGGGUGGGAGGUCGCAUCCUGCGCCUUUGGCGAGGUUUACUGGUGCCUCUGGUCCGCAGGAGCAGCAGCAGGAGAAUGAGGAGAAGGCCGAAGAGAAGGGCAAUGACUUUCAAGUCCGCUUCCGUCGCGCAGACAUACUCUCUAUACCCGACGAGGAACUCAAAAGUCUUCUCUGCUUUAACGACGACAACACCCUCUCACUUGAUUCUCUCUCUCUCGAUUCUACCACCACCACCACCCCUACAACCAAAAAGGAAACCCCAACAAUAAUAACCCUAAUGUUCACCCUCAACGAACUCUUCUCCACCUCAAUGGCAAAAGCCACGUCCCUCCUCCUGCGCAUCACGGACCUCGUCCACCCCGGCUCUCUCCUCCUCGUCGUCGACAGCCCCGGCAGUUACUCCACGCUGCGGCUGGCGCGUCAGUCAUCCGGUGAUGGCAGCGGUGAUCAGGAGGGCGCACCCGAGCGGCGCUACCCGAUGAAGUUCCUGCUGGAUCAUGCGCUGCUGUCUGUUGCGGGGGGCAAGUGGGAGAGGGUGUAUUCGAGGGAUUCGAGGUGGUGGAGGCGGGAGGCGAGUCGGUUGAGCUACGUGGUUGGGGAGGGGGCCGGGUUGGAGGAUAUGAGGUUUCAGGUGCAUCUUUAUCGGAGGGUUUAA